GCUGCAUAUGGACCGUUGGAUGCCUUCUACUGCUGUACAGCACCUGAAGGCACAGCACUGAAGCGCAACAUCUUGAACGUCAUGCAAAAUAUCUAGUGCUAGCUGCAAGACCCUGUGGAACAGUGUGGACAGAGGACCACAGAUACGGACUUUGCCUCAUUUCUGUUUGCUCCAAGCAUUUUAUUAGGAGCUAGGUGGGAUAUCAGGAUCUAGCUGCUACUGGUACAGGUUCAUGGCCGGAUGUUAGUUGGCGGAUGCAUUAUGCCUGAGACAUCAGUCCAUUUCUAGCACAUGUGAUACUUGCUGGAGCACUAUCACAACACUGGAGCACUGGAACUAAAUGACAGCAAUGCAAGACGUAAAGAAGAGGGUAUGGAAGCAGGUGUUUGUAUCGGUGUUGGUUAUAGCAGGGACCCUGCUCUGCUACUCGGUGUACACAUUGUGGAGCAGUUCAGUUGUCUUGGUUGGAUUCUGGCAUCCACAUCACAUCAGUGACAGCCACUCUAUCAUUCCACUUGGUAAUGGCACCGACGAUGCAUUAGUGCCAAACCUUGUGCAUCUUGUGCGGUUCGGGAAUCCAGUCAUCACCUUUGUCGAGCUGAUAUGCAUCAAAGCAGCACUAUUGUACAUCAAACCAAAGAAGUUAUAUAUUCAUUGUGAUAAUGCACCUAAGGGACGUUACUGGGAUGAGAUCAGUAACCACAGCGACAUUGAGGUGGUGUACUUGGAGCGGCCGAGGCAGGUGUUUGGUAUUGCCAUAGAUGUUGUGCAGCAUGCGUCCGACGUCGCGCGACUGCAGAUAUUGAUGCAGCUAGGUGGCAUAUACCUCGACAAUGAUGUCUUCGUCUGCCGAUCCUUUGACGAGUUUCGGCAUUACACGUUCACGGUGGGCUGGCCGACUAAGGAUGCUCUCAUCGGCAAUCAGAUUCUCAUCAGCACGAAGGACGCGCCAUUUCUCCUCGAGUACUACGACUCGUAUCACAAGUUUGACGACAGUCAGUGGUACUACAACGCAGGGCAGGUUCCCACAGAUGAUAUUCUGAGGAAGAAUCCUGAUAUUGCUCACACUGUUCCGGAUGAAGUUUUCGGCGUUUCAGUCGGGCUCAUCUAUACGAUUUUUCUACAGAAGACUGACUGGCACAAGUGGCAUGCAUUACAUUUGCUGUACCGUCACAGACCGUAUCUGACCAAAGAUGAUCCAAUCAAAGAACAUGACCCAAUAAACAUCAAGAAACUAGAUACAACAUUUGGGGCAAUGGCUCGGUCUGUGUUACCUUACGUAUCUUUAUAUGUGAUGCAAGAUGGGAGGACGUAUGAGCUAAAAAAACAACAACUAAGUUAUCGAACGGCCAACUAUUGGAGAGAGCAGUGAAAACUUGGUGGUAACAUUCCGAGAUGGAUUUAUUGGCACAAGUUAACUUGCAACUUUAAAGUCCAUCUUUAUAGUUGGUUUUUUAUUAUUGCUGUUAGUUGCAGUGGAGCACUUACCUUGCUGUGUGACUUCCUGGGGAUUUUAUAGCUCGCCCGGAGAAAGAUUUCAAUUGCGCUACAUAGCGCCUAGUGAAAAUGGUCACAGUCUUUCUGUUAAAAUCUGUGAUGACGUAUAUUCAUGGUCAUUGUGUAUCACUGCAAUAGGUUUACGUAGAUGUUCACUCACUGCCCCUGCAAGAUCACCGUCUGCCUCGAUUGUUCCAUUACAGUUGUAUGCAUUCAAGUCCGGAAAGAUGUUGCGUUGAAAGCAGUGGAGUAAAAAUGGUCAAUUCAUAGAAUGUGAAGUUUAUUCGGUUUUUCAUAAAACAGAGCUGGUGGUGAAACGUUUACGUAAUUUAGGAUGUUAUGGUACAUUUUCACUAAAAUAUAAAAGACAUGCUCUGCUUGUAUUAUAACAUUGGAACUAGUCACACUUAAUAAGAUGUGCUAUACCGGUUUGUUUAGUAGGCCUACACUGUGAAAAUGGCCUUCUUGUCCAAAUAUUGUGUUACCAGAUUUCCAAAGAUUGUGUUAUAUAGGUGUUAAACCAAUUGUUUUAAUGUGUUUGAAUGUUUUGAAGCUGCUAGUGUUGCUGGGAAAUGACAUGGAAUCGGGAUAAGUAUAUGCUAUUUAAUUGUGUUUUGUUUGUGAUAUUUUGAAAGUGAGGAAGGAAUAAAAAGGGGAUUGGGAACAGCGGAAGGACGGAGAGAGUAGUGAGUGCGUCAUAGAGAGAUAGGGAAGGGGAAUUACAGAAAGAAGUGAGGAGGGAGGUAGAGACAGAAAUAAAGAGAUACAUACCGAGUCAAUGACAGUGAUAUACACUAAGACACAGAGAAGGGGGUGGCGGGAAAGAGAGCGGUGGAUGGAAGGGUGGAGAUAGAGAAAAGGUAUGGGUAGAGGACAUGGAGUGAGGUAGAGGGAGGUGGCAGGGAGAGAAGAGGCGAUCAAGGGUAUGGAGUGGAAAGUGGGGAUGAAUGGGAUGGAGGGUGCAUAAUGUGUGUAUGCGUGCGUGCGUGCAUGCAUGUGUGCGUGUGUCUGAAAGAGCGGAGGCAGCUAGAGAUAUAAGAAACAUAUUACAUAUUGUUUGUGCAGCUGUAGAAGUUUAUGUUUAACUGUGGAAAUGUCAAAAUAUACGAAAUACCCUAAUAAACUUUCAAUCAGUGUAAAUAA